AUUUUAUCGGACUGCGUGUCCAAUCACAAACCGGGGAUUUCCCGACCAAAGUUUCGGUUCUCAUUUUCGAACGUCUUUCAUCAUGCUUAACUGAAACACAAGGACGGGAAGCGGAUUGUUUAUAUUAUACUAAUAUUUUCUUGGAUGCUGGAGGAGUCUCUCAGUCUAAUAAAUUGCUUAAAAUUCUGAAUUCAAAUCAUAAAUUACGAGAUUUCUAAAAUUGCCUGCGGUUGGAAUAGUAUAGAAGACAAGGCAUUUAGUUUUAGAUAUGGAAACUUGGAAGUGUGAUGUUUGUGUUAAAUCUUUCACUGGAUUAGUUUGUUUCAAGCAACAUGAAGCAAGCGAGAAACACAAGAAGAAAAUGCAAAUGAUAAGUGGUGUUACUUUUGAAACACCUAAUCCAGUUAAUCCAGAUUCAACAAAUCUUCAUUGUUCUGUAUGCAUGAUUUCUAUUUCAGGAUGGGAAAAUUUUCAGAAACAUGUUAAUAGCUUAGAGCAUGCUAUUAUGAUUCAGAAGAAAAGUGGAGAUUUGCUGGACCAAUCUAUUUCUAACACAUUUAAAUUAAAGACAGAAAAUAAUAAAUUGAUGGAAUCUACAAUUCCUUCAAUAAAUCCUGUAAUAACAUUGAAACCUUAUGCCGAAUGUAAACCAUGUCAAAAGCAAUUUUCUGGUCCCGAACCUUACCAACAACAUUUGGCAAGUGCUGGUCACUUUAAAAAGUGUGGCCAUUCUAAAAUCAUGCUGAAUGAUGAAGCAGAUUCCAAAGUAGAAGAUGCGAAGAUUAAUAAUAAUUUGUAUAAUGAUCCCCAGUCAUCGAUAUCUGCUUUUGCAAGAUGUGACAUUUGUCAGCUGUCAUUCACUGGACUUUUGCCUUAUCAGAUGCAUCUUGAAAGUGAUAGUCAUAGAAAAAAAGUUGGUAAUCAAUUGCCUGGAAGUUCAUUUGAUGAAAAUCUGUCUGCAUUGAAAUGCGAUAUUUGUAGCAUGACAUUUUCAGGUCCUAUCCCAUAUCAACAACAUUUAAUAAGUAAUGGUCAUAAGAAGAAAAUUAAUGCUUCUGGAUUAUCCACACAAUUGACAACAACUGGAUCAUUAUUUCCACUGGAAUCUACUGCGAAAGCAAUUGAGCAAUGCAAUAUCAAUGAUCCAAGGUGGUAUUGUGAUGUAUGUAAAAAACAGUGUUCUGGGCCAAUUCCAUAUAAUUCCCACUUGAUAAGUCGAGAUCACUCAAAAAAAUUAAGAAUUUUGGCUGUAGAAGAAAAUCUGAAGAAGAUCAGAGAAUCAAGCACUUUCCCACAUGUUGAAAAUAAUGAAACCGAUUCUGAUUUGUCUAAUGAAGUGUCAUCCACUGUUCAUUUGAAUUCAAUAAUUAAGAAGGAAAUUCAAGAGUCAUCUAUUGAGUAUAAGAUUAAUGAUUUAAAUGUCAAUAUUAAAGGAAAGGAUUCAAAGAUUUUAUCAGAUAAAUUUCAAAUGAAUGUCAAUGAUUUACUUGCUUUACCUAAUCUAAAUAUUAUUCCACCUGAAAAAAUUGAUGUCACUGUUUUUGGACCAGAAGAUGAAAUUGUUUUUAGUAGCCCUAGGAAAUGUAAGCAAGAAGUUUAUUCAGAAAUGGAUGAAGUGAAAAAUGCGUAUGAUACUGAAAAAAUCUUUGAUAAUAACUAUUUGAAUGCUGAGAAAUGCUAAAAAAAGAACUGAUUGGUUGCUCAGAAUACUUAUUAAAUUGUGAGCAUAUCUUAUUAUUUUGAUACUUUUUUUUUCUUUUGAAAUUUAGUUUCUUUUUUAUCUAAAACAUUAAGGAUUUUUCAGAAAAUAUUUAUUUUUUAUUUAACAUAAAUUAAUAGUUGAGAGAUACUUUUUAAUAAGCAUACUAAUCAUUAUUUGAUUUACUGAUUGUUUAAUGUAACUAUAUUUGUUUUAUAAUUUUGUUACAUAAUAAUUGAUUUAUUUGCUAUUUCAAAAUAAUAAAAUGGUGGGAAAUUAAUGUAAGCUUAAUUUUAAAAAAUAGAUAACUGACUCGGAGUAAUUUUUUGGACCUUGUAAUAAUUGCUAAAUUUGAAGUUUGAAUGACUUUUUUUUAGAAAUAUUCCUGACUAUAUUUCACUGCCAAAUGUCAAAUCUGUAUGGGUUUAAACAAAAUAAAUAGGUGUUAAUUGAAAUAAUUGUUACCAUAUAAAGUAUGUAAAUAAUAAGUCUUUAUAAUUGUAAUAACCUAAUACAUUUUGCUUCUUUAUACCAUUUAUUUUUAUUAUUAUUUUUAUUGCUGUUAUUGUUAUUUUAUAUGACCAAGAAUCUAAAUUUGUUAGCUUUUAAUGCUUGGUUUUUCUUUCAUUUAGCAAGAUUUUCAAUAAAACAUCUUAAAAUUUUAAUGCAUUGUUUAUGAUGCAUAAGAUUAUAAUAUGUUUUUGAUUCAUCUUCUACAAACAUGUAAGUGUUUAGUUAAACUGAUAUGUAGAUAAAAUAAAUUAAAUUCAUGAUUAUUAUGCUUUGAGUUUGGAAUUCAGAUUCCUCCCUUCCCCCCCCCCCAUUUUAAACUAGUCAGUGUCUGAAAAAUAUUUAUUUAUCCAAAAUUGUCUUGCUCAGUGCACUUUUUUUUAUUUAUUUAUAUUUGAAAAUGGGUGCUAGAGGGGGAAACAAAAAAGCAAUAAUGUAUUUAUUUUUUGUUCACUAAUGUGAAAAGAUAAUAAUUUUACAGUUGAAAAUAUUUGUAUAAAGCUUUUUUAGUGUAGUGGUUUAGUAUCUUUAUUUUAAUUUUUUUAAGAAUAAAAAUUAUUGUGUGUGAUUUUUGUCUGAAUAUGGAUUGCUUUAUAUUUUGCAGCGUAUUUGAAAUAAUAGUACUUUCAUGUUAUGUAUUAUUAUAGUUAUUCCUACUUUAUAAUUUGUCCAUUCAUUAUGGAAAAAUGAUAAAUAAAAGCUAUUUAAAUAAUAGUUUUUAAAUUUAUAUGUGAUUUAAAUAAAGCUUUAUUCUAAGAGUAAAUACUAGCCUUACUACUUUAGCUUAUCAUAUAUUCUAUAUUUCUUUACCAAAAUAUGUAUUGUUUUUUAGAAAUAACCUCUUUGAAAUAUUUUAUUUUUAUAUCUAUAAAAUGAUUUAAUGGUGUUACUUUUGUUAAAAUAAUUUUUCUAAAUUCUAUAAAAUACUAUUAGAA